AUGACGGAUCUUUUAUUGGAUCCAGCCAUUCGAACGUGGGUUUUUAUACCAAUUGUUGUUAUCACAUUUUUUAUUGGUGUUCUUCGUCAUUAUGUAUCAAUGCUACUUAUGAAUAAGAAAAAGCCCGAACUAGAGAACAUUGUUGAUGGACAAUAUCUUCUACGCGCUCGCCUCCUACGCGAGAAUGGUCGUUUCCUGCCGCGCUCAUCAUUUAACGCGCGCCGACAAUACUUGGUGAAUGAGGAGCACGGAUAUUUGUCGAAGGCGAUGCAGCGGCCGGCGAAAGGCCCGAAUCCGAUGGAUCCGUCGCACAUGACCGAAAUGUUGAAAGGAAAUAUGAUGAAUAUGAUUCCAAUGAUAGUUGUUGGAGGAUGGAUUAAUUGGACGUUUUCGGGAUUUGUGACGACACGCGUGCCAUUCCCAUUGACACUCAAGUUUAAAGCGAUGCUUCAACGCGGUGUUGAUCUUGUCUCGCUCGACUCGGCCUGGGUUUCAUCGGCGUCGUGGUACUUUUUGUGUAUGUUUGGACUUCGCUCGAUCUACACACUGGUUCUCGGCACCGAAAACGCUGCCGAUCAAAGCAAAGCAAUGGAAGACCAGAUGACGGGAACGGCGGUCAAUCCGCAAGCCGAUCCGCGGGCGGCCUUUAAAUCCGAGUGGGAAGCAUUGCAAAUGCAGCAACAUCAAUUCGUUCUAUGA